AGACGGUAGACCUCUUCUAAAUCCAGUAGCACUCUGCUCAAACCGGUAGCCGUCUGCUUGGUGAUGCAUCUGGCACGUGACAGGGUGUCAUGGCGGCGCCCAUGCAGGCGUGAUUGUCGUGGGUGAGUGAGAGGGCGAGCGAAUCGGCGAGCGAGGCGACACGGGGAGACGCCGCGAUGCAGACUCAGCUGCCGCCCCGAGUGCCGCUCUUCCUCUCCGUACUCCCGGGCCUCGCGGGGUCACAGGGGCUGCCGGGGGUCCCUGGGCGCCUGGGCCCCCACCGCCGCCUCCUCCUCCUUCCCCCCGGGCUCGCCGCCUCCCCCGCAGGGGUCAGCUCCUGGGCCCGACUGCUCGCGCACCCCCAGCAACCACCAGCGGGGGCGAGUGGCGGGACAGCGACUCCACGGGUGAACUGGGCCGCCCAGGCGAAGAGGCUCUACGGGCGCAAGCGACAGGCGGCGCCGCGAGUCGUGCCUACCAGUCAGCUGGAUGACUUACCCCCGACUGCCACCAAAUACGGCUUUGAGGGCCUGAGUGAGUUACAGACGGCCGACGAGUGCGUGCGGAGGCUGCUGUCGUUGGAGCUGGGAAGUCACAGUGACAAGCUGAAACUCAAAAAGCAGCAGUACAUCGCCCUGGUGCAGCGGAGCCCCGAGGAUCGCAGUUCCACCGAGGUUCAGAUCGCAGUGCUAACGGCGAGGAUCCGGAAUUACAGCGAGCACCUGGCCCAGCACCCAAGGGACAAGACCAACAAGCGCUACAUGCUCAUGGCGUCCGACAGACGCAAGAAGCUGCUCAAGUACCUGCGGCGGACGCGCUACGAUCGCUUCGAGCACACGUGCACGGCGCUCAACAUCUCGUUCCAGCUGCCACCGGCGUACCACCGGCGCGCCUCGCACCGCUGGGUCGCCAAGAAAGCGCUCGUCGUGAGGGUGCGUCAGCUUGUUAACGAGCGGCGCUACCGGGCCCGCCAGGAGGCCCGCGCACAGGCGGAGCAGGCGGUGCAGGCGGUGCAGGCGGUACAGGCGGCUCCCCCGUGUGAAGGGAGCGGCUGAGAGCUCUGCUGCCGGUGCUCGCACGUCCCGGUGUCCCCACUCUCGUCUCACGCGCUCCCCUCUACUCGGAGACCCACAGACUCGCGCAGAGACCCACAGACUCACGCAGAGACCUACAGACUCAGGUAGAGACCCACAGACUCACGUAGAGACCCAGAGACCCA